GAGGACUAACUUUUGCAGACAAAAAUAUCCACAAAACAUACGCACAAAGAUACGGAGGUCUCCGACAAUCUUCUCCCACUGCCCAACGUUCAGUAGAUUUUAUUCUACGCUUCGUAUUUUGAGUUUGGUCUUCUUCUGAUAUUCGAUUUUCUGUCUCAAGUCAAGGCAAGAAAUUCACAGACCAAUCACCUGUUUACCUGCUAGUUAAUAUUUGUGGUCAAAUUGAUGGAUUCCCCACAGUCCAUUGUUUCACCAUUCAAGGGUUCCUCCACUUUUGUUGAGCCCGAGAAGCAGAGCAGUGAGUUAUUCAUAAAGAACCGUGGUGGCCUAUCCCAGGGAGUUUCUGCUCAUAGAGAGGAGGCUGCAGUCUGCAACUUGGAGGACUUCAUUGGAGUUCUAGAUGUGUAUGUACACCAGGCCAGAGACAUCCAUAACAUCUGCAUUUACCAUGAGCAAGACGUUUAUGCAAAACUUUGUCUUACCAGUGAUCCUGAAAAUGCAGUCUCCACGCAAAUUAUUAAUGGUGGAGGGCAAAGUCCAGUAUUCAAUGAAAAUCUAAGGCUCAAAGUCCGUACAAUAGAAUGCUCCGUGAAAUGUGAGAUAUGGAUGAUGAGCAGGGUGAGGAAUUAUUUGGAAGACCAACUGCUAGGCUUUGCACUGGUCCCGCUAACUGAAGUCCUUGUUAAAAAUGGAAAGCUAGAAAAAGAGUUUACUCUUUCAUCAACUGAUCUCUUCCACUCUCCAGCAGGAUAUGUGCAGUUGUCCUUUUCUUAUAGUGGAACUUCACCUGAAGUGAUUGUGAUUCCUGCAUUGCCUGAAUCUGUUGGCACUCGUGCAUCUCUGCUGGAUGCUAAAGCAACUGAGUCGCUUCCUAAUGAAUUUGAAAAAAUCGAAUUCCCUGAUCCCAAGAUAGUAAAUGAAAAUCAUCUUAUGGUCUCUGAGUACUUUGGUAUACCAUGCACUGAUCUUGACUCUCAAAGCUCAGAUAGCUUGGUCUCUUCUGAUACAGCAAAUCAUCUCAGUCCAGAAGUAGAAGUUCGUGUUGAGGAAAAUUUUCCAACAGGAAUUACUAAUCCAAACCAAUAUCCUAAGCGUGAUUCCCCUCCAAGCAGUGUAUCAACCAUUGAGUCGCCGUCAGUCUUGCAUCCUGCAAGCUCUCAGUCUUCAGAGCCCUCGGGAGAAUCAAAAUCUCCAGUUCAAGAAUAUACUUCCGAAUGCGCCACCGUGAAAAGAGUAAAUUGUGGUGAUGCUGAGAGCAACUCGUCAGAAAUCAAGCCUGGUAGCGGAUUUCCAAAGCCAGUAGUAGACAUUGAGGCAGAGCAAAAGGUUGUGCAACAGGAGAUAGUGGACAUGUACAUGAAAAGCAUGCAGCAAUUUACUGAUUCAUUGGCAAAAAUGAAGCUUCCGUUGGAUAUUGGAAAUGAACCGACCAGUUCUGGCAGUUCGAGUUCAGAUCAGAAAUUAGAAACACCCAAGAGCACUGGCUCUCGAGUGUUUUAUGGUAGCAGAGCUUUCUUCUGAGAUCUUGUGACGAUGAUUACACUACUCAAAUGACCUCUAGAGUUUAGGAAACAAGACUGCAGGUAUUAGUGACACUGAGCAUUCUGUGUAUUGUGGUAUUCAGUCAUUUUAUAAGGGGAACUAGAAUGAUGAAAACUGCUUGACUUGGCUCUGUAAAAGCAUUAUUCUAUUUCUGUUGUUUCUAGCUAAUUAAAUCUGUGCUUAAUUUCUCUUCAUAA